AUGAGUGCUCCAGCCCAGAAGUUCAAGGUGGCCGACAUCUCGUUGGCUGCCUUUGGCCGACGAGAGAUCGAGCUCGCAGAGAUCGAAAUGCCUGGUCUGAUGGCCAUCCGCACGAAGUACGCUCCCGAUCAGCCACUGGCCGGUGCCAGGAUUGCUGGUUGUCUUCACAUGACCAUCCAGACCGCCGUCCUCAUCGAGACCCUCAAGGCCCUCGGUGCUGAAGUGACCUGGACCAGCUGCAACAUUUUCUCUACACAAGACCAUGCCGCCGCCGCCAUUGCUGCUGGUGGUACCCCAGUUUUCGCCUGGAAGGGCGAGACAGAAGAAGAGUACGAGUGGUGUCUGGAACAACAAUUGAAGGCUUUUCCUUCAGGAAAGACCCUGAACCUGAUCCUUGACGAUGGUGGUGACUUGACCGCCCUCGUCCACAACAAGUACCCAGAGAUGCUGAAGGGCUGCUACGGUAUCUCAGAGGAGACUACUACUGGUGUCCACCACCUCUACCGCAUGCUCAAGGGAAAGAAGCUGUUAUGCCCAGCCAUCAACGUCAACGACAGUGUCACCAAGUCCAAGUUCGACAACUUGUACGGAUGCAGAGAAUCCCUAGUUGAUGGUAUCAAGCGUGCUACCGAUGUCAUGAUUGCUGGCAAGAUUGCUGUUGUCGCCGGCUACGGUGAUGUCGGCAAGGGUUGCGCUCAGGCUCUCCACAGCAUGGGUGCUCGCGUCCUUGUUACCGAAGUCGAUCCCAUCAAUGCCCUGCAGGCUGCCGUCUCCGGCUACCAAGUGGUCACAAUGGACGAUGCUGCUUCCCAAGGCCAAAUUUUCGUCACCACUACCGGUUGCCGAGACAUCAUUGUUGGAAGACAUUUCGAAGCCAUGCGUAAUGAUGCUAUUGUCUGCAACAUCGGCCACUUCGACAUUGAGAUCGAUGUCGCUUGGCUCAAGAAGAACGCCAAGGAGGUCACUAGCAUCAAGCCACAAGUCGACCGAUACACCAUGGCCAGUGGCCGUCACAUCAUCCUUCUGGCUGAAGGGCGUCUGGUCAACCUGGGCUGUGCUACUGGUCACUCUUCUUUCGUCAUGUCGUGCUCGUUCUCCAACCAAGUCCUUGCACAAAUCCUCCUGUACAAGGCUGAGGAUGAGGCUUUUGGCCAGAAGUACGUUGAGUUCGGCAAGACCGGCAAGAAGGAAGUUGGCGUGUAUGUGUUGCCCAAGAUUCUUGACGAGCAAGUGGCUCUUCUUCACUUGGAGCACGUCAAUGCCAAACUCAGCAAGCUCACCCCUGUCCAAGCCGAGUACUUGGGCCUGGAAAUUGAGGGUCCUUUCAAAUCUGACCUCUACCGAUAUUAG